UCGGUUCUCUUAACAAAAUAUACCUAUAUAUACAGAACCAGUUCUGUUUGGUUUCCUAUGUAGGUGUAUUUUGUUACGAGAACCGAACCGAACCAAAAGGGGCUUGAACAAAUCUAGUGUUGGGCUGUGGGUUCCGCAUGUCAACAAACUCCGGAAUAUUGGGGAUUUCAGUUUUGAUUCUUCUUUGAUACUUAACUUGAAUGUUUACAAGCUACUGAUUGUGCGGCUUUUUGAUUACAUUAGUUAUGUUUAGUACUUGAGGAAGCGUGAGAUAAACAAAAAUGGCUGUUUAUUAUUUCUGUAAAUAAAUUUUAGCAACGAGUGAUAACAUCACAACGUCAAAAUGGUUUUUCUUACUCAGAUAUUAGGUUAUGCCAAGAAAAGUGUUAAAGAAAUAAAACCACUCAGAAAGUAUCUGAGGUAUGGGUUUAUGGAUAAGCUUAGCAUAAAAGUUCGAGGAGGCACAGGAGGAUCUGGCUUAUCGAAAUAUGGUGGGAGGGGUGGACGAGGUGGUGAUGUCUACGUCAGAGCCAAGGAAGGUUACACGUUGAAUAUUUUAUCCAAGUAUGUGAAUGGCAAAUUAUUGGCCGCCAGUACAGGCUACGACAGCUCCAAAAGGGGCAUACUGGGCCAGGCAGGAGAAGAUUUAAUCAUCAAUGUGCCUCCUGGUGUCAUUGUUUACCAUGAAAAUGGUACACUUAUUGGAGAAGUCAAUGAACUUGAUAAAAAGUUGAUGGUAGCUAUGGGUGGAGCUGGUGGCUGUACAGAAACAGACUACAGUGGACAAAGAGGGGAAAACCAUGGAAUCAUUUUAGAUUUGAAAUUGAUAUCCGAUGUGGCUUUAGUUGGGUUUCCAAAUGCUGGAAAAAGUACUCUCAUAAGGACCAUAUCCAAUGCUAAGCCUAAAGUAGCAGACUAUCCAUUUACAACUAUAAAACCAAAUUUAGGUAAAAUUAUUUAUCCUGAUUUGAGAGAAAUCACAAUAGCAGAUUUGCCAGGAUUAAUUGAGGGAGCUCAUGUCAAUGUCGGAAUGGGCCACGAUUUUUUAAAGCACUUGGAAAGAACAAAAAUGUUAUUAUUUGUCAUAGACAUUCAAGGAUUUCAGUUGUCGUACAAGUAUAAAAAAAGAAAUUGCUUGGAAACACUAUUGUUGUUGAAUAAGGAAAUAGAACUUUAUAAACCAGAGUUGCUAGAUAUGCCUGCCAUACUAGUGAUAAACAAAAUGGAUACUGAACGGUCAGAUGCGAUUUUGCAAAGAUUUAUGAAACACUUUGAAAACUUAAAAAGCAUUCAGUUCUCUAACUUUUCUGAUGAGAUGGUUCCUGAAAAAGUUUUAGAAUUUGAGGAUAUUAUAACGAUAUCUUUGAAAAACAAAGAUGAAGAUAAGAUAACAAAUUUAAAACAGAUCAUUAGAAAAAAUCUAGAUAAAAUACAGGAUAUAGAGGAGCAAAAAAUCCAAGAUGAAAUGCCAGAGUAUAAGUUGAUUAGGAAGUUAAAAAAAGAAAUGGAACGAGCAGCUCCACUACUUGUGUAAAUAAAGAUGUUAUUUUGUAUAAAAUAUUUAUU